UUUUUUCUUAACUUUUCGUCAUGAUCCUCAAGAUACUCCUUACUCUUCUCUUAUACUGGAUCUAUUUAGUUAGAGUAAGAUGUGAAACGGAGCCAGUAGACUUUGAGAAUAAUGAUUAUUAUCAUUUUCAUUUCUCAGAAGAUGUUGAUAUUGAGGAUUUUUCGCGGGCGUUAGGAUUCAAAUAUCAUGAGAAACUAGAAUAUCUGGAUAACCAGCAUAUAUUUUCUAUAGAAAAGGGUGUUUUAGAAGACGAAAUUAAAGAAAAAAUUGAGAAUUAUUUUGGUUUAGAAAAAGGAAGAAAUGCAAUAAAUGGGUUUAAUAGUGACAAGCUUUUUCAUUAUGAGAAACAAAAAUUGAUCAAGCGAGAAAACAGGGGUGUGAUAAGAGACGAUAUAUAUUUUGAUAAUGAAGGUCUUUAUAAUAGAAGAGUUGUCAAGAAUGUUGUAAAAGAUCCGACGGUAGAUCUUCCGGUAAAUCUAACACAGAAGUUAGAGAAAAUUAAAAAAGAAUUAGAUAUAAAGGACCCUCUUUUUGAUAAACAAUGGUAUUUGUUCAAUACACAAAGACCUGGUGUAGAUAUAAAUGUUGUAGAUUUAUGGUUAGAAGGGAUAAGGGGAAAAGGUAUAACAGUUGCCAUUGUAGAUGAUGGCUUAGAUUAUACUAAUAAGGAUUUGGCUCCAAAUUAUAAUUCCCAAGGUUCAUAUGAUUUUGAUUUUGGAACUUCCGACCCAAGACCUAAAUUUCCUUAUAACACGCAUGGUACUAAAUGUGCAGGAGAAGUGGCAGCGGCCAAAAAUACUCUGUGUGGGCUUGGUGUCGCAUAUGAAUCUAAUGUUUCAGGAAUACGAAUUUUCUCUUCUCAUGUUAGUACUUGGUUUGAGACAGAUGUUCUUGGUUAUAAACCGGAUGUUAAUCAUAUUUAUUCUUGUAGCUGGGGACCUUCUGAUGCUGGAAAUAUAAUUGAAGGCAUUCCUUAUCCUAUAUAUUCUACAAUUAUUCAAGGGAUAAAUCAAGGAAGGAAAGGUCUUGGUUCUAUAUAUGUUUUUGGAAGCGGAAAUGGUGGAUAUCGUGAUGAUUGUAAUUACGAUGGAUAUGCAAAUAGUCCAUAUACUAUUACUAUCGCUGCUACAGAUGCAGAAGAAAAAAGAUUUUAUUUUUCAGAGCCAUGUCCUUGCAUUUUGGCUUCUACAUAUUCUGGUGGAUUCAAUGGACGUAUUUAUACUACGGAUGUUGGUAUAACAAAUUGCACCACUAAACAUACUGGAACUUCUGCUUCUACACCUAUUGCUGCGGGUAUUAUUGCUCUUAUUCUUUCGAAACGAUCUGAUCUUACAUGGCGUGAUGUUCAAGCUUUGAUUGUGUAUACAGCUGUUCCAUUUAAUUUGAACUAUCAUGAAUGGGACCAACUUCCUUCUGGACGUUAUUAUAAUAAUUUUUUUGGUUUUGGAAAACUAGAUGCAUAUGCAAUGGUUCAACAAGCAAAAACAUUUCAAAAAUUAAAUCCUCAGACAAUAUUUUCAACUCAACUAAUACAAGUUAAUAAGAAAUUUUCAGAAAACAAUGGACAUAUCACAAGCACUUUUUAUAUUCAUCGUGAUUAUCCUACUCAUUAUAAAUUUAAAAAUUUGGAAUAUAUUUGUGUUUCAUUUUGUUAUAAGCAUCAAUAUAGAGGUCAUCUGGAGUUUAGUAUUACAAGCCCUGCCAAUGUUACUUCACAAUUAGCACAUAGACGUCCUCGUGAUAAACAUUCUGGCAUUGUUUAUUGGACUUUUAUGAGUAAUUGGACUAUCGAUGUUGAAGAUAAAAAGGAUCAGAAUCUAGAUGGUGAAGUUUUUGAUUGGCAACUUCAUUUUUUCGGGGAGUCUUCUGAAUCAGAAGGCGUACCGCCUCCUUCAUAUCCUUUUCUAUCUAGAUAUCCAACUACUACGCCUCCGCCAGAUCCAGAUGCUACAUCUCCUCCAGAUCCGGAUGCUAACCUUCCGCCAGAUUCAAAUGCUGACCCUCAACCUCCAUCAGAACCUGCGCCUCCAUCAGAACCUGAGUCUCAGCCUUCAUCAGAACCUGGGUCUCAACCUCCAUCAAAACCUGGGCCUCAACCUCCAUCAGAUCCUCAACCUCCAUCAGAUCCUCAACCUCCAUCAGAUCUUAAACCUCCAUCAAAACCAGAUGCUAGGCCUCGACCUCCAUCAGAUCCUAGCUCUCAGCAAGAUCCAGAUACUUCGCUUUCAUCAAAUCCAACUUCUACAUCUUCAUCAGAACCACCACCACCAUCACCACCACCACCACCGCCACCGCCACCUGCACCUGCACCUGCACCUGCACCUGCACCACCUCGGCCGGAACUAGAACCAGAACCAGAACCAGGACCAGAACCAGUGCCACAACCACCACAGCCACAACCACCACAGCCACAACCAGAGCCACCUGCACCUCCACCAAAACCACAACCACCACCACCAUCACCACCGGAACAAAAACCAACAUCAAUAACUUCAUCUACAUCUACGACUUCAUCUACAUCUACGACUUCAUCAAGCAAAACUAAAAUAUCAACCACUCGAAAAGCUUCAUCUACUAAAGCUUCAUCUACUACAAAAACUUCUACACGGCCGUCUCCUACUGAGGGUACUUUUACUGGAUCAA